AACCUGCCCGGAGUACCUUCUUCUUGAUAUCAGGUCCAGCCUCUUCACCAGCCGAUAUCCGACAAUCCUGUGUCGUCUCCGAUCAGCUUAGAGCGCGCACGUGCCGUAUCCCACAGUGAUCCCGCCAAUCGUUCUCCGAAUCUUUGAUCGAUCGAUCGUUUGAUCUAUUGUUUACAUUAACAAUACUCGGUGACAUUUUACGAUGUUUCUCCCAGUGAUAAUUCGUGGUUCCUAUAUUUCUCUUGUCAAGCUUCUCCGUUUGGACGCAACAACCUACAAACAAGAUUAGUGACAACGCUGAUUAGAGGUUAGGAAGAUAGAAACAAAAAUAGUAUCGGGCUGGACGUUUAUAGAGGAUAUAUAUAUAUACACACCUAUGUAUGUACAUCAUUGGUACAGAGGAUCCUGGGUAAUCGUUCGUAAAUCUAUCCCUUAAGGGACCUCUUGCAACCGACGAAUAUUCGAGGAUGUUGUCACUCCUGAAACGUAUAUAUAUAUAUAGUAAACGUAUAAUAUACUAUUAACGUAUAAUAUAUUAUAUUCUACUAAUACGUGUAUACUAGAGAAACUGUGCAAUGAUAUAUAUUAUUACAAAAAAUUCGUUUGCUAUGAAAACAUACACGUACAAACAAACGGGCAAGGAUUAUGCGAACUUCCCUGAUAUCAAUUACCACGCAAUAUUGAAGAUUAACUGAACGGAACGUAGAAAACAAUUAAACGUCGCUGUUCUUCAAAUGUAUGAUACGUACUGUGUAUUACUAACGUACAUGUAACAAUACUAUAUAUCGUUAUGAAAAUUUGUUUCUAGUGAAAAGAUUUAUAACAGAAGAAUAAUAUUACAUACGUGCACGAGAGUUUUCCUGAUAUCAAUUGCUAUCUAGUAUUGAAGAUUAACUGGACGGGAUGCGGAAACCGUAUACUUGCGGCCCGCCGGAGGUGCACCGUGAUUAUGUGACAGUUUUGUGAACGUGAUUAAAUUGACCUCGAUACACUGUGGACAUCCGCGCGGUGCGUUCAGUUUCGAACUGUGUUUUCGCUGCUUUCCCGCUGAAUCCACCGUUUCCGACGACAUCUGCGAAUUCAUAAAAUGAGAACGACACAUCGCGUCAAGGCUGAUUAGAGAUUCUCAAGAAAUCGUCGUUUUAACUUGGAGGAAAAAUAGAAACGUUGUGUGUGUGUGUUUUUUUUUUUUUUUUAACAUUUCUUAUCGAGGAGACAAUCGAUGGUCAGCGUGUACGGUGUGCAGCUUGCAUUUUAUCGUGGACAUCGUCGCAGCGACAGCAGGGGCUCUUUGGUGAUGUACGACAGCGCUAGCUGUUCGUACGCAGGUGCGCUCGAAUUAAAGGGAGCCUCUGGAGCCGGAGCGGCGGCCGCGGCCGCAGGAGUAACCGCGGCCGGCGUCAAGCAGGAGAACUGGCCGUAUCGCGGCCUCACCUGCGGUAGCACCUUCCAGAGGCUCAAGGAAAGCGUCGACAAAGCGAAACAAGCGCUCGCCGACCGCGGUGGAUAUUUAUCCGGUGCUUUCUCGCCGCCGCCACGUGCCAAUCCAUCCGCCAUUUCGCCAACCGCCUCCAUCACCG